GAGAAAGACAGACAUGAACACAAUUUCAGACACCUCUCUGUAUGUGCCCUCCCCAAAACCGUCUCACUGUAUGAUAUCUUAUGGAACAUUCCAGCGUGUCUAUGAUCGCCGGCAUUGUCUUCGUCUGCAUCUUCUUCAUAACCACCGUCGCUUUCAUCGUCCUGUGCAUAAAGCAGCAGCAGGCGAAAAAGACCAGACAGAUACGUCACGCACCCGUGCCCGCGACUGUUAUGCCUGGCCACUACGCCAGCCAGCCCGGAUCCCACCCGUUGCCCGCCGGCUACGCCUACAACUACAACCCCGCCUACUUCAACUCGAGCGGCCCUCCCGCCUACGCCAGGCCCAUGGCCCCGCCUUUCGCCUACGCCACGCCCACUGCCCCACCCCCAGCUUACAGCUACAGCGAUCCCACUCCAAAAAAUGGGCAAACCGGAAGUGGUGGCGGGAAUCCUUUUGGAGCGGCUGUUCAGAGCGCCUCAAGCCAGAGCCAAGGUCAAGGCCAAGGUCAAAACCAAGGCCAAGGUCGAUGAGUCAAUUCUAUGACGUCAGACUCGAGGAAGUGGGUGGUUGGAGGGUGCUGCUCUGGUGUGAUUUGCUACUUACUUGAAUACUUGAUUACUUGAAUACUUGCAUGUAGAACUGGGGUCUUUGGAAGACGGGGUGCUCCAUGCUUCCUCGCUUGGGGAUUUGCGCAGAUUUG